UCUGCCCCGCGGGGACCAGGGGCCACGCCCACCGGGAACGGGUCUGCCUCCUCUCCACUGCGAGGCCUGAGGACCCACACGCCACAGCUUCAGGAUGGGCCUGAGCCCGGACCCCACACGCCACAGCUGCGGGAUGGGCCUGAGCCCGGAUGCGGGGAGAAAGGGCCGGCUCUGUCCCUCUAGGUUCCCCAGGUUCGGGCCCAAACCGACCUCAAGAACGGCAGAAGAAUCCAUGGGCUCUCAAGCGCUGGUGCAGCUCUCGCCCAAGCUUGUCCCGUUGGAGGAGGGGGAGAAGCCGGGCGUCAACGCGGAAACCACGCCCAGCCAGAAGAGAACGGAGUCGAGCUUGUCCCUGAGGUCUGAGAGCUCCGGCCAGUUAGCGAAGCAAGCCGCCGAGGGCAAACCGAGACCGAGACCUGGGGACCUGAUCGAGAUUUUCCGAAUCGGCUACGAGCACUGGGCCAUCUGCGUGGAGGACGACCGCGUGGUCCACCUGGCGCCCCCGAGUGAGGAGUUCGUGGCCGGCAGCAUCACCUCCAUCUUCAGCAACCGGGCCGUGGUCAAGUGCAGCCGCCUGGAGGACGUGCUGCACGGCUGCUCCUGGAAGGUCAACAACAAGCUGGACGGGACGUACCUGCCGCUGCCCGUGGACAAGAUCCUCCAGCGCACGCGCGGCCUGGUCAACAAGAUCGUGCAGUACAGCCUGAUCGACGGGAACUGCGAGCACUUCGUCAACGACCUCAGAUACGGCGUGCCCAGGAGCCAGCAGGUGGAGCAGGCCCUGAUGCAAGGGGCGAAGGCGGCGGGAGCCAUGCUCUCGGCCGUGGUGGAGAGCAUACGGCCCAAAGCAGUCACCGCCGGAAGCGACUGAGGACACCACGAGGAGGAAGAGCCGGGGACGCAGCAAAGAGGGCGAUCUCCCUUUGCUCCCCUGGCCUCCCUGCUCAGCGGCCCCACGUAAGAGACUCGUGAGCUUCCGGAAGAACCUGGAGUGUAUCCAGUUACCCCUUUAGAAGUGUGUCCCGUGUGUGUGACUAGACCCAUGGACUCGCAGGGUGGGAAGAAUCCAAUAUUUAUUACGCAGCUGUGAGGCACGGUGAACGUCAUCCCACUCUCUGCAGAAGGGGGUCUUGCUUGUUCCUUAGGCCGAACCUAGUCUGUGAUGCUUGAAUACCAUCGGGUACAUCCUGGAAAGCUUCUGGAAUGUUCUCAGUAAUAAGAACUCCUUACAGACGUU